AUGCUGCUCCAGCACCGUAUUACUGCCGCACUAGGCUUCGGUCUUCUGUCUUUGCAGGCCUCUCUCGCUCAGGAACCAGCUCAAUCUGCCUCGAAUGCCAGCCUCUCUGGCAGCACAGCAACGCCUGCCCCCACGAACACCUCCUCGACAGCGUUGCCUGCUUCAACGACGCUGAUCUCGACAAUCACAACCACUCUCAGCAGUGGACAAUCCCUCCCCACUAGUCUCACCUCCUUGGCAUCAUCGAAUGGCAGCGUCUACUACAUUCCUGUCAUCACUGCCGUUCCAGUGUCGAACAAUACGACGCCAACCACCGCUUCGUCUGCAGCCACUCCUUCUGCGUCGGGCAAUGCGACCGCAUCGGCACUCGACAAGCCCGCCAACGUCAGCCUGCCACUCCGUACCAUCAUCGAUCCAGCUUUUGGUGUUCUCGGCGCAAUUUUUAUCAUCACCGGUCUGCCCAUGGGCUUUUACGGACAUCGCAAUCGAUGGUCCAGCUACUUUCUCGCCGGCUUCUUCGCCUUGGCCCUGAUCUGUAUCUCCAUCAUCCUCAAAGUCGGCGUUGAGCCAGCGGUCAACCCUCCUUCGAAAGGCAUCCGAGGUCUCUUCCUAGUCGCCGCUGUUGUAGCUGGCGCUGUCGGAGGCAUCAUCUCGAUCGUCUUCUGGCGUGGCGCUGGUCUCUUCGCCUGCGGUCUUGGUGGCUUCUUUUUUGGUCUCUUCCUCCAAGCCGUGCGACCAGGAGGUCUCAUUCGCUCUGUCGGCCUUCGUUACAUCCUCUACAUAGGCCUCUAUGCAGUCUUUUUCACUGUCAGCUGCAUUGAGCGCGUACACUCGCUUACGCUGGCACUGGCAACCGCCAUCAUCGGCGCAACAGCCGUGACGCUCGGUGUCGAUUGCUACUCAACGCAAGGGCUCAAGGAAUUCUACAUCCGCAAUCUUGGCUUUGAUUCUCUCUUCAGCAACAAGUACCAACCUACUUUCCAAGGCGGUCGCUUUCCCUUGGUGCAGGGCAUGCAGAUCGAGCUCGGCAUUCUGGGCGCGCUGAUCCUGAUGGGCUUCGCCUUCCAGAUGCGGCUCUGGUCUGACCUUCGCGCCCAGCUGGCAGUUCUCAGGCGUUCGGACGAAAAGCGCAACAUGCGCACCAAAGCAGAGCGCGCUGCUCGUGCAGUCGCUCGCACUGCAAAGCGCGAUCUCGAGCAGUGGGAGGCUCGACAUGGCUACAACAAGACUGCCGCCCGCAAUCCGGCUUCUCGCGAUGAAGAGAUCGGCCUUCCAGAAGUGUCUACUCCCGAUCUCAAGGACGCUCGUAGUCGCACAAGCUCUUUCAUGACUCUCUUCCGCGCCAAUACCGAGGCCUCUCAGCUGGCCACUCCCCUGUCGCAUACCGAGAAGCUCGCAGAGUCUCCAGCUGCAUCAAGUCUGCUCGAUAAUGCCGCUUAUCCAUUCCCUGCUCAGACUACUGGUCGUCGCAGCUCUCAGUUCCUCGAGUACAUCCAAAAGGGUCCAGAGCGAGUUGAACCAGAAGGACCUUUGAAGCUUGACCUGCCAGCCAUCACUUCGCCACUGACAGAUUUCGGAGCGAGUUCAGUGGUCUCGCCCAGUUCGGACGCUAUGCUCAUGGGCCCGAUGUACAGUGCGCCACCAGCUACACCAAGUCUUAGUGGGCCUCAACACCCAAAGUCGCUCGACCUUUCGCGUGCACCUUCGACGGACCGCUUGGCAACUGCAGACUCUUUCCGACGGAGAUCUGCCUCGACAGCUGCAUUGAUGGAGAAUGCUGCCAGCUUCCUCGACCCGAUCUCAACCAAAACCGAGGCUGGCAACAUUGCGAGCAGCUCGAGCUUGAUUGAAAGCGAAGGUGCGAGCCGUCUUAAGAAUUCUGCGACGCUCAGUCAAAGUCCAAGCGUGGCUCCCGUCUCUGUCUUGGGAACGACGACACCAACUUGGAAUGAAUCGCUCGAAUCGACGUCGCACGGGCGCACCUUGUCGAACCCUGCGGCUCCCGCCGCACCGGGCUUCGCCGCUGCAUCUUCGAUGGCCAAGAGUCAUUGGCACCAAGAUCAGCUGCAAAACAACUUGGGCGCUCCCCAUGUGGACCCUUGUGCAGAGCGACAUUACAUUCAGCGGCAGCAAAGUCCACUGACAUCGCCCACUUUGAGUCCUGUCAAGGCUGUCAGCGGCGGCCAAAGCAGUGCUGUGAUACAAGCACGCCGAUCUCUGGCGAUGCGUCGAAGUGAUCAACCUGCUGUACCUUGGACCAACGCAGGUGCCGAGACUGGCAGGACAGCUCACAAGCGUGCUGCCAGCGCUGAGGCGCAACCUCGGGUGCAGGCCAUGUCCAUUGAAGAGCUCGAAGCGCGCCAUCGAGCCAAGCUGGCAGCUCUGCAGGCUCCGGCAACGCAGACUGUGCAAGAAGCUGAUGCUUUGCGCAAAGCCAAGGAGGAAUGGGAGAGAAAACAGAAACUUGAGAGGAGGCGCAUGCAGGAACGAGAAGCACAGAAACAGGCUGCCACGGUCGCCACUGGGACUGGUGGAUCCGCGUCCGGCUCUAGGGUCGCGUCACCUGUACAAGCAAGUCACGACCUGAACAGGAUCUCAAGCUCUGGCUCGCGUGACGAUCGUCGAAGAUCGCGCAACCUUAGUGCCACGCUCUUAGAAGCUGUGGGCGAGGAAGUACGCCAAGUUGGCCGAGUCAACAGGGCAGCAGAGUGGCGCAAGUCGAUCUCUGGUCUAGAUCAGUUAGACGCUCGUGCGGCAAAGGCUUGCAAUCCUACAACGCCGAUCAAAACUCGACCCACGUCGUAUCAAGCCGUGGGCAGCGCAAACCCGUUUCCGGUGCAGUCGACAGAGAACCGCAAACGGCUGAGCGAGACUGAUCGCCGACGUUUGAGUCAAGGUGCUGGUGACCAUUGGCAGCGAAGUAAGAGCCAGCCUCUGCUCGACUUCCACCUGCCCGAUGGCAACCAGUAA